CGUCAUUCAAGGCGCGCCAAAUCUGCAUCAGACAUAAACAACACGAAGUUGUGAACAGCAUCGAUAACGUCUAAAAGGCCUGCUGUCAUGGACCUCAGCCCCUUUGAAUCGGACAACUCUGUGAGCUGCCGCCUGGCCUCUGAGAUCCCGGAUGUCUGCCGGACUGAGGACUGCUGUCUGGGCAUCGAUGAGGCGGGCAGGGGGCCUGUGCUGGGGCCCAUGGUGUAUGGAAUAUGUUUCUGUCCAGUUUCCAAAAAGCAGGAGCUGAAGGACUCGAAAGUGGCAGAUUCAAAGACUCUUAACGAGGUAGAAAGAGAGAAUCUUUUCCAAAAAAUUGACGAGUCCAAAAGUUAUAUAGGCUGGGCUCUGCAGAUCAUCUCACCAAACACCAUCUCUACCAGCAUGUUACAGAGGACAAAAUACAACUUGAACGCCAUCUCGCAUGAUACAGCAAUUGAUCUAGUACAGUAUGCCUUGGACAGUGGAGUACAGCUUAAAGAGGUGUUUGUGGACACAGUCGGCCCAGCAGAUAAAUAUGAGGACAAACUCUCAAAGCGGUUUCCAGGUAUCGAUGUGACUGUGAGGCCGAAGGCUGACUCCCUCUUCCCCAUCGUCAGUGCAGCCAGUAUCUGUGCCAAGGUGGCAAGGGAUCGUGUUGUAAAAGGCUGGAGCUUUUCCGAGGACAUGGGAGAUGUGGAAGCAGACUACGGCUCAGGAUACCCAAGCGAUCCGAAGACUAAAGCGUGGAUGCUGAAGUACCUGGAUCCAGUGUUUGGUUACCCUCAGUUCGUUCGAUUUAGCUGGAGCACUGCCCAAACCCUGAUGGACAGCAAGGGCGUGACGGUCCACUGGGACGAUGAUGACGAGGAUGGGGAGAAAGGGGCUCAGCGUCAGAACAACAAAUCCAUGUUGGCUUACUUCAGUGCAUCAGCUGGAGGUAAAGACCAAAAAUCGACUCACCAGACACACCGCUUCUUCACUGAGCGGCGGCUGAAGAGCCUCGAGGCACUCUGAAGACAACACAGUAGAGGACACACACACAGGCAGGAAAUCAAAAGCUCUUUCUGAUAUUUCCAUGUGCGGCACAAACAGAAAUUGAUAUGGACUUUAAUGCAACACUGCAGACCUUUUAUGUUUGUAUCACCAAUCCAGACUCAAAUUAAGGUCUAUCUUUAUUUGUCACUUUUGUAUCUGUUUUUUUAUACAUAAAAAUAAUGUUAAUAACAA